UCCGAAGCCAGCUAGCACGCGCGAGAAAGGCGAACAGAUCUGCAUCCCCGGAGAGAAAGCUUUGCGCGUAGACUGAGGACACUCACACCUUCGAGAGGUCUCCAUCGCCGAUGAGCAACACAUCCGAAUCGAACGGGAUGCGCACCAUCGUGGCCCUCAUCAGGAAGCUCCAGCUGGACUGCGAGGUGUACCAGCACCUCACGGAAGAUCUCAGGUGCGACAAAGCAAGGAGCUCCUGGCCACACAACAUCCCCAUUCACCAAUUUUUGUCUGUGUGCUCAUGAGCAGGAGCCUGCUUGACCGGCUGCUAGAGAGCGCCUCAGCAGCGUGUGAGGAGCAGCAGACAAGCGCCACCACUGACGAGCAGGAGGGCCUCAAGGAGCCCUCAGCGCUGGAGAUGAUGCUGGUCAUCACUUUUGCACGGCCUGAGUCGACUCGUUAUCAGACGUGCAAGGAGUAUCUGGGCGAUGCAUUCGAGAGCGUGAGGAUGCAGGCGCGGCAGCAGCUGGAGAGCAUAUGUAACGAGAGACCGACAGACUCUGCCUGCCGUUGCGCUAAGAAUAAAUGACUGACUGGUGAGGCCUGCCUCUUCUCUAGUGUUGUCUGAUAGAUGUCUUUUCUGCGUAUCUCAGAGGGGGUGGGUGGCUGAGUCUGUCUGGCCUUGCUCACGUGAGACGUUUUUC